UUUGUAAUGGCAAAGAUGACCCAUUCAUGUUUAUUGAUGAAUGAUCCCAUGGAGCAUGCCACCGGUAUAGAGAAGCGUGAACUUUUAGCCAAGGCCGCUGGCAACGAUAAUCCCUUCGACAUGAAAGUGUUCAAACGUGGCGCUGGCACCAAAGAAAACCCCAACCUGAUACCAUCAGCAUUUGAUGCCCGUAUUGUUGGUUGCAUCUGCGAAGAAGAUCAAACCUACGUGCAAUGGAUGUGGCUGCAAAAGGGCACAUCAAAACGUUGCGAAUGCGGUCAUUGGUUCAAAUUGGUUGAGAAGGCUCCUGUCUAAAUCAAAUUAUAUAUAAUUGCAAGUUUCUCAUUUUACUAAGCAAAAAGUAACCAAAUAAAUUCACAAAACCAACAAAAACAACAACUGAAGUAGUAGUGAAAUAAAGAGGCAAACUUAGGAAACUUUAAGCCAGAAUUUGCAAUGCUAUGUUGAAAGCUGCUUUCGUGAAGCCAAGAAUUCAUCACUGGCAUAAUAUUAAAAAUAAUUAAUAAUUAAAUAAUGAGCACUGUAAUAUUUAAUGUUAAGUGAAUUUAAUGAAAAGUAAAACCAUCAACAACAGGUUUUAUUCGCAAAUUUCUCGUUUGUUAUUUUAUAUUGAUUUGCUUCAAGUAAAACACGGCCUUCGCUGUAA